AUGUGGGUACUCACCCCCCUCGUGCGCGGCGCGAGCCAGCAUCCGGCCGCGGGGGGCGCGGCUGCCGCAGCUGCAGAGGCCGCCGCAUCUCAAAAUGUGAACCACUUCCUAGUGUCCGGCCCCCUUGUGCUUGGGCGGCCCCACCCUGGCGUCGAGAAUGACGUUCCGAUCUAUGGCGACAAGACGGUCUCGGCGCGGCACGCAACUCUCGAGCUGCGGGUCUCAGCGGCGGCGAAGAAGGGCUCUGGCCGCAAUGCUGGCGGCGGAGAUGGGGCAGCCCUGGUGCUGACAGACAACUCGCGCUUUGGGACCUCCGUGAACGACGCCAAGCUGGAGAAGGGGGUGCCCACCCCCCUGGCAGAGGGGGACACCCUCAAGUUUGCGCACUACACCAAGUUCCGUGUCGUCGUCUCCCCCCACAUCCUGCACAUCGCCGUCCCCACCGCUGCCGCCGCCCCCGCUGUGGCCGCCGCCACGGCGGCAGUGCUGCCGGUCACUGAGUGGUCACCAGCCGUCACGCACUGCUUGGUGGAAGAAGACGGCCUGGUGAACGCUGCGGUUGCGAGCGCCUUGGUCAACAACGUCCCACUGGUCAAGGUCAGCUGGCUGCAAGCGAUCUCCGGCCGCAAGUCGUGGGUGGGAGACCUGCCUGGCGCUGAGGCGCACGCGCCCCGACGCCUGAUGCUCCCGGCGGCAGCGGGGGCUGGGAACAGCACUACCGGUGGUGGCCAGCGCGCACUGGAGCUGGCGGGGUGGGCGGCGCCUGGGGCGGGCGCGCUGGCGGGCUGGGUGCUGGCUGUACGGGAGCAGGACACUGCCCUGUGUGAACUGGCAGACGCCGCCGGCGCCGCACGGGUGGCCCCCUGGCUGCCAGGCGCGCCAGCACCCGACCCCGGCCCCGGCCGCACCCUACUGGCCGUCGCCCCCGAGGCCCCGGGCGCCGACGGCUACGCGCCGCCGCCGGGGGUCGGGGUCGCGGCGGCGGAGGCGCUCAUUUUUGCCGCGGUGACGGGCGACGCCUCGCCGCUGCGGAUUGCAGCAGAGCGCUUUGGCGAUUUGCAGCUGCGCGCCGCUGCGAAGGGCGACGCAGACGAAGAGGAAUACGGCGGCACGGAGAGCGGAGCGACCGAGGACGGCGACGGCGGGGAGGGCGCGGCGGGGGAGGGGGCGGCGGAUGGGGAGGAGGAGGUGACCUUGCUGGAGGUGGCGGGGGGGCCGGGGCCUCGGCGGCGAGGGGGCGCCGCGGCGGCAGCUCCAGGCGGCCCAGCACAGCAGCAGCAGCAGAAGCAUCAGCAGCAGCAGCAGCCGCCACAGCCGCCGCGGCAGCAGCAUCAACAGAAGCAGCAGCGUCAGCAGUCGCCAGAACAAUCGGCCCCGGCCCGCACCGCCCGCGGAGGGAGGAAGCGCGUUGCAGUCGACGACGCCGCGACGACUGGGCCCGAGGGUGCGGCAGCUGCGCCGUCGGCCAAGCGGUCGCGCAAGGCGGCCGCUGGCGGGGCGGCGGUAGCAGCGGACCCAAGGAGCGAGCUGGACGUAGGCCCUGGCCAGAACCAGGCGCGGCAGCAGCAGCAGCAGCAGCAGCAGCAGCAGCAGCAGUUGCCGCUGCAAGCGGACGCUGGCAACACGGGGCCGCGUGAGCCGGUCGUUUUCGCAGAGCUCACAGUCUCGCCGCCGCAAGCCGGCACCGCCGCUCGCGAAACGCCCCGCCGCGUCGCAAGCGCGGGGGCCGCCAGCGCGCCGCCGCAUGCCGCCGAGGGCGGCCCCAACUACAAGGCGUUCCGCCGGAAGGGCGAGGGCACGGCGGGCGCCGCAGCGGCGGCGGCGGCGGCGAGGGAAGCUGCGGUGAAGGUGCCACUGGAAGUGUAUGCGGAGGCGCGGCAGGGCGGCGCAGACGCGCAGGCCUUUGCAAAGGAGGAGCAGCAGCGAGCGCGCCGCAUGAAGCGGGCGGAUGAGCUCUUCAAUGCCACGAUGAAGCCCAGCAAGCCCGGGGCGGCGCCGAAGGCGGCGGCAAAGCGGCGCUGA